UAGUGAAGCCUAAAAGAACACCGUAGAGUGUAGAGUCGUAGAGUGUAGAGUGUAGAGUCUACACUCUACAGUGUUCUUUUGGGCAUCUAACGAAUGAGACUCUACCGGUGUCAUACUUCGUCAUUUUUUAAGUUUUCUUUCUGAUUUUACAAAGAACAGCAGAUAUGGGGUUCUUCUUCAGACUGUUUCUCUACGGAAGUGUAGUUUCAUCUGUCAGUCUUCUCGUGCUGUCAUAUUUGAGUCAUCUGGAUGUAUACAGGGUUGUCCACAAUCAUACUCCCGGCCCGUGUCACAUCAUACCCGGAAUAGGAGACGGUUCGGAAGAUGUGGAUAUCCUUCCCAACGGAUUGGCGGUUUUAGCACGGUAUGUGCAGUGUGCACUCUUGGGAAUCUUUUUUACUGCAAAUUUACCUUCGCUCUUCAGUUGUGUUCUUAGCACGGCUGCACGAGUGGUAUAAGCGGUAACGUGUGAG